UGCGGAGAUUCUAGUAUCUCGUCGUCAUACAAUAUAAUAUAGCCAUUUUUAUAGGUACUAUAUAAUAUUAUAAGAUAAUACAGAGUUACAUACGUUCAGUAGGCUAACAAUAUGGAGGAGAAUGUGGAACCAAAGGCAAAGAGCACUGUGAUGUGGGGAGAUCUUCCACCCAGCAGGAUUUCAUUAUAUGUCGCCAUGGUAUUCCUGGGAACAGUACUAAUAAUUACCCUUAUAAAGAGGCGAAAGAGACAUUAUGAAAUUCCAGUGCGGGACACAAGAAAAGGACACCGGUGGUGUGCGACAGAAGUGAUGUGUCGCCCACUCUACUGCGCAGUGUGCACGUCACAUUUUGCGGAAGGGUUGCUGUGUGAUUGUUGUGGCAUCUGUGUGGAUGUAGACUGCAUGACGACUGCAGACCAGUCGCUGCAUUGCAAAGCACUUGCUACUGAGCUCGGUGUGCCACUCACUCAUCACUGGGUGCACGGCAACCUGCUGAUGGCGAGCGGAUGCUGCGCGUGCGGCGAGUCGUGCGGGGGCGGCGAGCAACUCGACGUCGGAGACUGGCGAUGCUGCUGGUGCGAGCGUAGCAUCCACACGCACUGCAUGCACCUCCUCACGGCAAUGCGCUGCGAUCUGGGCAAGUACAAGAAUAUGAUAGUGCCUUCCAACUGCAUUACCUUGAAGCAGGUGGGCUGGAAGGGUCGUAAACACCUAGUUGUUGACUCUGUUGUCCCACCGACAGAUGAUCCUGCCUGGAGUCCUGUAAUCGUCAUAGCAACUAAACAAAGUGGGAACAGAGAUGGCAUACAUCUGUUGGAGUUUUUCCGUGGCAUACUCAAUCCAGCUCAGGUGAUAGAUAUAGACGAGUUGCCACUGGAGAGUGGAUUGGAGUGGUGUCGUAUGAUCCACGACCACGUGUGUAGAGUGCUAGUAUGCGGGGGCGAUGGAACGAUGGGCUGGGUGCUAGCCACCAUCGACAAGCUGAAAUUGGAUCCAGCUCCUCACGUCGGGCUGAUACCUCUGGGGACAGGUAACGACCUGUCACGAGUGUUGGGCUGGGGUAUAGGUUACUCAGGUGAGGACAUCCAUGACAUUCUGGACAAGGUUACACAAGCGACCCCGGUCAGAUUUGACAGGUGGAAGAUCAGAAUCAAACAUGCACGACAUCUAGGCCUAAGGAAACCAGGAAAGACGUUAUUUAUGAACAACUACGUGUCUCUUGGCGUGGAUGCUCUUGUCACUUUGAACUUUGACAAGAGUCGCAAGGCUGCUCCUGGAAUCUUCAGCAAUAGAUUCAUUAAUAAGCAGUUGGCGUACGUUACGUACGGCACCAAGGACGUUUUGGAACGCGAGUGCAUUGAUCUCCACAAGAAAGUUAAGCUGGAGCUUGAUGGGGCAGUGGUGCAGAUGCCAGCCCUUGAGGCCAUUGUUGUUCUCAACAUCGGGUCGUGGGGAGCCGGCGUCAGACCUCUCGAUCUUAUCACAAGCGUGCCGAAGCCUGUCUACAGGACAGAUGAUGGCUUAUUGGAAGUACUUGGCAUCUACUCAUCAUUUCACAUAGCACAGCUUCAAGUUGGCCUGUCAGAACCUGUUUUACUCGGGCAAGCAAAAACUGUAAAGUUGACACUACGAGGUGGCAAUGCACCUAUGCAGGUGGACGGAGAGCCGUGGGAACAGACUCCAGCUGAGAUAACGAUUGUGCAACAUAACCAAGCUACCCUGCUAUACAACUCUGAAGCGUUGUAAGAUUACUUUUAUUACAGAUCACAACUUUUGCAUGUCGUGUCCGUCAUAGUUUGUCUGCUCAUAGACAAUAGCGCAAUCAUUCGAUAAUGUGAUUUAAUCGUUUAGAGAAUUUAAUUAUUUAUAAAUUAUAUAAUAUUUAGACAAGCUUUUUUAAGCUUUCUAGUCAUAAAUUUUAGAAUAAGUAUUCAAGGUAUUUAAGCUUUAUAAGUAAUAUAUAGCUUUUAAUUUUUAAGAAAUUUUUAUUCUUCUCGUACAGCCUAAUGAACAAAAGUGGUCUAGCAAUGUUAAUAUUCAGGGUCAAUGGCUAUUCAUACUUGUGGUUUACAUUUUAUUUAUUUGAAUUACACUAUAUAAGGUAAAGUUAUUUCCUUUGCUAUUGUAUGUGCAUGGUGUGCAUGAAGGAUAGAUCAAUAUGGGGGAUGAUAUUCCAAUGCAGAACUGACCAGGUGUGUUAGUGGCUAUUGCCAGUAUGACAGCUACGUGCAGAACACGAUAACAACUGUCGAGCCGCUAUUAUAUACUAUUAUUUAUAGUUUGUUUACAGUGCCUUUCUAUGGUAUAUCCUGACUUCGUUUAUUGACCACAAAAUUUGAUUGUAUACAUCUAAGGCAUCUAGCUGAUAAUACUGUGCUAUUGCAAUGUAUAUCAUAUAUGUGCUUGAUAAAGCAAGUCCUACUGAACCACUGCAUCUACAUUAAUUAUGUUGUGGCUACUGUAGUGGCAUAUGGUAAUGUAAGGUACGUGGGUAAGGUGAGUAUAACGCAAGCAAGGAAGCUAUGUGCGUAAGGUGAGUAAAAGAAGUAAGGAGUAAAAGAAAGUAAACACGUUCAGUUAGAUGAAAAUAGUUUUAAUGUACUGUAGUCUUCCGUGAAAAUCUGUAGGACAGUGAGUGCAGGUGAUAGAGUGGAAAACAGGGUUUAAUAGUCAUGGACAGGAAGAGGAAGAAAUGACUGUAACAGCCUUGUGUUUUUAUUGGUGUAUUUUCAUGUGCCAAUAGACAUUUAUAUGGAUCAUAUAGAUGUUAAAGUAAUGUCUAUAGGAUUAAGUGGUGUGCGUGGAGCAUCCUAUAUUGCUUCUUUUGGCCAUAAACAACUCGGUUAAUCUUUUACAGAUAUCCGUUUUUCACAAUUAUGGGUCACCGUAACGGCAUAAAAACCCGUGUGCAUAAUUCUCCAUAAAAACAGGAAGCACUUUUUUCGUGAGUGCCUGUAUAGCUACAGUUCAGGGACUUUCCUAAAUAAGUAAUAAAGUAGAGGACAUUGGAGGUUGAUUGUGUAACAUUGUAUAUUAGUCCUAGACUGGUUCCAUGAGACGUUGAAAGUCCUCAGUCAGGACCUUUGGAAUCGGUCUAUAUUCGCAACAGGCAUUAUUAGGCACGGACAUAUAGUGCAUUGUCUGUGGAAUAUAUGAAGAGCUUGUUUGCAAAACUAAACUGCUUGCAUUCAUUUUUUGCAAAAACAAAUGUAUAGUAUGUGAACAUAUAGGUACCGUGUUGAGUACUUUUUUUCUUGCAAAACAGCUCACAUCCUGCUUAACAGACGCAUCAUAAAUCAUCUUUAGUUGCAAAAUAGCUUAUAUCCAUCGGCACCUGUUAUUUAUGAUUUAUGCCUCAUAAUUACUCACUAAUGUAAAAAUUAUUUAAAUUGAUUGAUUGUUUGAACCACGUGUCAAAUAAUUGUUUGUCGUUUUCUCUCAAUUCUCCAAAAUGGACACAAGCAGUUUUGCAAAUAAGCUCUUCAUAUAUAGAAUUCUCAUUAUUAUGAUCACUGUUUCAUUAAUGGAAACUGAUUUUGUAUGAGAUGGUUGUCGUGGGAUGAAUUAACACCACUAGUUUCACUGUUGCACACUAAUACAUGCCGGCCAAGGUGUUGCGCCCUGAUUCCUUCACAAUCAUGUGCGCUUAACACGUACGUUUAUGUUCCAUGACAUCGUUUAAACUACUUUACAGUGUCUCACGACUAGCAUUAUAUCAGGAGUAACAUCAUAUACACGUAUUAUCUUAUCCUGCUUCUCACGUUUCUCUCCGUAGUGCGUGCAAUGCUAAAUAUAUAGACUCAUAUUUAACAAUCAUGUCAGUUGCGGACAUUUCGAAAUUGCGCUUGGUUGUGUAAUUUAGAUAUAUUUAGAGAGCAUUAUCAGGAAUACAUAUCAAAUAUAAUACGGAUAAAUUAUUAUUAUUAACUAUUAUUAUGUUGAUUAACAAUUAAUUAUGUAUUCCUGAACAUAUCCCUUCUGAACGACCGUUAUAUAUACGUUAUAUCUAUGGUUUUACAAAUGUAUAGUGGCGCAUUAUACCUGUAUACGUGGGGUAUACGUGUAAAUAUUCCCCGCGAGCAACCAUUGCUAAGUUCCAUUUUAAGUGCUAUGUGAGCUAUUGCAUUCCAGUAUUGAUAACUUCUCGUCUAUUCGUUCGUUAUAAUUGUUAAAUGUGAUAUUGUACAGUUUUCUUGUGAAAUCAUUUUCAGCAACUCAUCAGAAGGUCAUCGGCAACUAUAGCUGGCAAUAGCUGAACUUUAUUUGCUAUUUGUGCUGUAAUAUGUUGCUACGUAAAAAAACAACAGUUUACUUAGAAAA